AGAGGUCCUUCGUCUCAGCGCGGAUUUCAAAAACAUGACUUUACCGAGCAUAUUAACUUCAAAUUUUUGAGGUCAGACUGAAGUGUUAUUUAUGGAGACACACACACAGUAAUCGUGUAUAUUAAUGCAGUCUGUGUUUGUGAAACUUUUGCUUUCCCGUACAAAUAGUGACGUAAUUCAUCCGCCCUAUCCAUUUGUUUAUAACGUUAGCCAACGUUAGCUCUAACUUUGCUAAAGAAGUACGUUAUUUUAAAAUUAGAAACUUCUUUUGACAGCGACUCACAUGAAACAGAUUUAUGUAUAUAUUCAGACACUUACUGUUUCUUUGAGUAACUUUAAACACAUUUUGGAGAUUAAAUCGAUGCUAAAAAAAAAUUAGCCAACUAGCUAACGCGGGAUGGUUUGUUGACACUGCGGCUGCCGAACCGGACAUUAAUGUUCUACAAUGGAAGAUAACUCGUCCUGUUCUUCGAUGGUGACUGCUGUCCCUCAGUCGUCCUUUCUGCAGAGGAUUUUGGAUCGAUUAUCAAGCACACAUUGCCUGAAGCUCGGAGCCGAGGAGGCUGCUCCGGUGGCUGUCAUUUCCCUGCAGAGGUACCUGUCAGAGCAGACUGACUGCUACAGCUACGACCUGACAGUCACUGACGGGGUGUGGCGGGCCAAAUGUUUCCUUCACCCCAGUUUAAAUCAGAUGGUGCACAAAAACAUCCUGAAGACUGGGGCCGACGUCAGCAUCACGCAGUGCUCGUUUGUGUACAACGAGAGGACACUGGGACAUGGUUACAUGUGCAUCGAGAAGAUCAGGUGUUGCGGUGACAGGUCUGCCGUCCUGCCCGACAUAAACGACGUUUUUUCCCUGCCCAUGCUGGUAAAACAGGGCAUGGAGAGGAGCGCGGUGCUGCAGAGCGAUGCUCCUCUUCAGCUGAGCAGAAAACACUACCUGUCUCUGUGGAACAACGACGACCCUGAAGGGGACAUGUGGCGUUCAGGGUCCUCCUCUUCUGUUACAGUGCUGGAUGUGUCCAGAGUUACUCUUCUCUCUAAUCUGGGGUCUGGCUUGCGGGAGCCAUGGAAAUUUCUUCCUCUCCUGGUGAAGAUAAUCCACAAAUCCAGAUUAAGGUAUUAUGGGAAGUUUGGUCAAAAGAUUGAUUACCCCUACCAGGCGUAUUUUGAAGUUGCCGACCAGAGUGGCACGAUGUCUCUCGUGCUUUGGAAUGAACUUUGUCCAGAGUUUUAUCAGAGAUUCACUGUUGGCACUGUGCUGUACCUCCAAAAUUACACCCUGAAGCAGAGUUACUCAAAUCGGUCACGUCCGCAGAUGGACCAUCACAGACUGCAAACCUUUACCUCUGUAGAAAUCUGCCUGAAUCGUCACAACCCGACGGCAAUCAUAACUGUGAUCUCACCAAAGAACGUUCGGCCUGAGUGGAUGCUGCCUGACGUUUGCUACCAGUUCACCUGCAGGUCGGAGUUGGACAAACUAGCCAACAACGCGGCGUGCGACGUCAUUGCUUUGGUGACAUUUGUUGGUCGUGUUGAAAGAGUCAAGAGCAAAAUGACUAAAGGUCCAGAGAAAUACUGGACGUAUCGCUGGAUCCACGCUGUGGACGGAACAUCUGACCACCCUUUUGUCCUGGAGCUGUUUUCCUCUUCCCAAAUGGACAUUUUCAGUCGUAUUUGUCCGAUGACCUACCUGGUCUGCACUCAGAUGCGACUUUGCCAAGUGGAGGGCUCACUGCCGUACCUCACCAGCAGCUCUGAGACGGAGAUGUUCGUCACAGGCUGCCACAAAGGUCAGCCGUACGUGAGCGAUCCGAGAGUGAAGAGCUUCAUCCAGUGGACCAAAACCCAGAAGGACAAUGCAGUGCUCCAGAAAACUGCUGUUGGCGGCCAUUACUGUUACCCUCACCCCCCAAGAACAUUUACACAGUCAGCGGCAGACGCCUCAGUUCAAGUCCCCCUGGUUUCUGCAGAGGAUCUGAAGCAGGAGUUAGCGUCGCUUCAAUACCGAGAGCAUAAAAAACUUGCAAUUCAGGGCCAGAUCACUGCGGUGCGCUACAUGGAAAGGCCGAAAGUCCCAGAUGCACAUCAACCAGGCGACGAGCAGACAGUCCCAGAUACACACAGUCCGUCAGCAGCAGCUGAGCAGCAGAGCCGUUUACCCUCUCCGUCCUCUGAUGGCAGCUCAGCAGGAAGCGGGAGAAAAAGGAUUCCUGUCAGGAAAACUAAGCAGUCCUCAAACGACGGUGGCACUUCAGCGAAAAGACGGCUUGUAUAUAAAGAUGCAGAGGAGGAAAGCCACCACUGUGACCCUGCAUGUGAGGAAGUUCAGCAUGUAGAAACAGAAGAGGACAAUAGAGAUUCAGACGCUCUGUCUUGGGAAAGCAGCAGCUGGGCGACACAGCGACAAGAAGUGAGGGAACAUCUGUGUGACGGCGGCCUCUACCGGGACAGCGUCUCCCGGCGGUUCUCCUUCGAAGAGAAGGACGUCCUCCUGCAGUGGGGCAACCUGCAGCCGACCCGGUGGCACCCGGACCUCACCGCAGACGCCGUCCCGCCUGCGGACUGCCCGGGGUACUACCAAGUCACCAUAUUAGGCAUUAACAAACAGAUCGCCGUCGACGCUGCGUGUUUCCCUGUCGUGACCUCCGACGACCCCCGAACCGUUGGCCUCUCUCAGGACCCCCACGGCAACACCAUGCUGUCCUGCCUGUCGUCGGGGUUUCUCUGCCCUCUCGGCGACGCGGCCAGCCACAGCGAAACAGCCCUGCCCGAGCCAAAUGAGAUACUGGCGACCGCCGGCGAGCUGGAGGACACACACCUCGUGUGCAUCUUGGACCUUUGUCAUCUCGGAGGAGACGAGGUGGAAAUCCUGAUCAGCAAAGUGUACAAAGUCUCUGAAGUUUCUUUCAGCUAAAGAUAAGAAAGUGUCAAUAAUCAUGGAGUGGAACUGGAAAAACAAAGAUUUUUUUCAUGUCUUUGACUCUGCUUUCUUUUACAGAAGGAUUUGUACAUUUUUUCAUUUUUUUACCCAGACAGAGUGUGUCCUCUAUUUAUGAAUAAAACUGUUUUAAGCACAAAUGAAUUUAAAAAACGUGUAUGGACUCACACUUCCCCUCUGCCGCUGUGUCCACACUGCCAACUGUGAGU